GAGAGUUACACUGACAGUCAGCCUGCUUAAGGGAGGAAACUCAACACUUGGCAUCUCAGUGACUUCCAAAGACACGAGACAGACACAAUCUCAAGAUUGGGCAUGAAGUCUAAAGCGGUGACCUGCAGCAGGAGGAGUGGCGACUGAAAACGGCGAAGCUCAGUGGCUCAGUCAGGAUGGGCUGCACUUGCAGUGACCAGAAGCAAGAAAAAGAUGAUGGAUUCCUCAAAAGGUACGCCAUCUCUCAGGAUCUGAAGGCGUCAAAUCAUACAGAAAAAAACACAAACUCCCACUCAGCUAACGAUGAGAACGUGUUUGUGGCACAGCACGACUUUAAAGCGAGCAACGAAAGUGAUCUAGCUUUCAAAAAAGGAGACAGAGUCAAAGUUUUGCAGGAGAGUGGAGAAUGGUGGCUGGCAAAGUCACUGAUCACUGGACAAGAAGGAUUCAUCCCAUCUAACUAUGUAGCUAAAGAAAACACACUGGAGGUGGAGAAGUGGUUUUUUAAAGAUUUGAGUAGGAGGGAGACCGAACGGCUGCUUUUAGCCCCCGGAAAUAAACCAGGCGCCUUUCUUGUGCGAGAGAGUGAAACUAGCAAGGGGUCGUACUCGCUGUCAGUCAGAGACUGCGACCGAGAGCAAGGAGAUGUGGUAAAACACUACAAAAUACGCUGUCUGGAUAAAGGUGGUUUCUACAUCUCCCCCUCCAGUACCUUCCCAUCCCUGCAGGAACUGGUCAAAUACUACAGCCGCACUGCAGAUGGGCUGUGUCUGCGGCUGUACGAACCCUGCAAGCAGAAGGCCCUCCAGCAGCCAUGGGCGCAGGAUGAAUGGGAGAUUCCCAGAGAGACGCUGAAAAUGGUGAAGAAACUCGGGGCAGGGCAGUUUGGAGAAGUUUGGAUGGGUUAUUACAAGAGCACGCAGAAGGUUGCUAUAAAGACAUUAAAAGAAGGAACGAUGGAGCCAGAGGCCUUUCUUCAGGAAGCUAACUUGAUGAAGCAGCUGCAGCAUGAGCGGCUGGUGCGACUGCAUGCUGUGGUCACCAAGCACCCAAUCCUUAUCGUCACAGAGUUCAUGAUCAAUGGAUGCCUUCUUGAUUUUCUGAAAACUGAGGAAGGAAAGAAGCUGAAGAUGAAUAAGCUGAUCGACAUGUCAGCACAGAUAGCUGAGGGGAUGGCGUUCAUCGAAAAGAAGAAUUCUAUCCAUCGUGACCUGCGUGCAGCUAAUAUUCUGGUCAACGAGACGCUGCACUGCAAGGUCGCAGACUUUGGCCUGGCGAGGAUCAUCGAGACUGAGUACACGGCUCAUGAAGGAGCUAAGUUUCCCAUCAAAUGGACAGCUCCAGAAGCGAUCAACUACGGCACAUUUAGCAUCAAAUCUGACAUCUGGUCUUUCGGGAUCCUGCUGACAGAAAUCGUCACCUACGGGAGAAUCCCAUACCCGGGAAUGACCAACCCAGAGGUGAUCAGGAACCUGGACAAGCUCUACAGAAUGCCACAACCAGACAACUGUCCCGAGGAGCUCUAUGAGAUUAUGAUGACGUGCUGGAGACAAAAACCAGAAGAGCGUCCGACUUUUGAAUUUCUACAGAACACUCUUAAUGAUUUCUUCAUUGCUACGGAGGGACAAUAUGAGAUGCAGCCCUAGCUAGCAUCAAAUACAUACAAAAAGGUAGAAACGUUUCUUGUUGAGCAUCAGAAAACAACAGACUUUAAUGACUGAAGAUCAUCUUUUUGACUCGCUCAAACGAUUGAAUUCAAACAAUUCAUCAGAACGAACAUCAGAGCUUCUCUUGUUUCUGCUGUCAGCAGCGGAAAUGAACAACUGAAGCAAAUCAAAGACUUCAACUCAACUCAUGUUCAUUCCACUGACUUUACUUUGACUAUUUCAGCUUUUGGUUUUCAAAUGAGUCAAUGGAGUGUGGGUAGGCACCGGCUGGCAUGAAAUAAUGGAAAAACGACCACGAUCGGCAGCCGCUGGACCCCGUGUGGAAUUAGUGAAGGUGACUGAUGAGUGAUACAGAAACCAACUGUUUGAGAUGACAUGCACAAUCUUUUGCACUUUUUAUGUUUUAUUCAGUUAAGUUGGAAAAAAUUGGCUUCCUUAUACAAAAUGUA